AUGGAGCCCACAACCGACACUCGACCAACAGCAGCAUCGCUCGCCGCAGCGCAUGCGACGAUCGAGCAGCACAAAGAACGGGGCAACGUCGCCUUCCGCCGCGGCGAAUGGGACCUCGCCGUCUCGCACUACACCUCCGCCUUGGAACUCAACUCGGACACCGUGCUCGACGUCCAGGUCCACGCCAACAAGCGAGAGGACUUUGAGACCGGCGUCGCCUUGUUCAAGCAGAGGUCCAUGCUCUGGUCCAACAGGGCCGCGGCGGAUUUGCAUGCGUUCCGGCAUGAUCUCGCCUUGCUCUGUGCGGGCAUGGCAGCGACUUGCGAUCCGGACUGGGCCAGACCGUGGGCUAGGAGGGCAGAGGCCUUGGCUCAGUUGCAUGACUUUGACGACGCAGUAGCCGCGUGUAAGUAGGUCGACAUCAUCAGCGAUUCUUCCUAGCGUGCUCACCCUCGGGCUUGCCGGCCCCCCACAGACGACGAAGCGAUCAAACGAGCCCCCGAUGAACCCACCAAAACUCGUCUCUCCCAAUCCCGAAGCGCCGUCAAGGAACACGCCCGCGCCUCCCUCCUCCUCUCCCAACGACCCGACAUCCUCUACGACAAUCUCGAAGACAGCCCCUACGGUCGCUACCGGAAACUCGUCAACGAAGACGAAGGCCUGGAAGCCGUCCUACGAGUCGAGUCCCAACUUCCCGCAGCGGCUUCCAUGGCCGAUGCCUUUGAUUGGUGUCAAUUCGCUGUUUUGCGACUGAUGGAGCAGAAAUCGGAGGAAGGGUUCCACGUCAUCCCGCAUCAAGCUGUAUCGAGGUUCGCACAUUCCCUGAUCAUCAACCCACGUGGAUUCCAUCCCCCUCUCGGAGCGUCCGUCAGUGCGGUGCACGACUUCUUCGAAACCCUCAGCCUACAGGUCAGGAUGGACCUCAUGGGCGAUCGAACGGCAGAUUGGGCAGGAUUGGGCCCUCUUGUUACGGAGGAUCAACCGCAACCGCCGGCACAAGCUCCUUAUACCGUCGAGGCUAUCCUCGAGGACGUCGAGGAGCGGGCCAACAAGGCGAAUGGCGAUUGGACAAAGUCAGUACUGGCCAUUGCGCGGUUCAUGGCAUCACGAUACUGAUUUUGUGCUCUCUCUUACAGUCCAAAAGCGGUCCUCGAAGCCUAUCUACGAACACAGCUCGUACAUGCCUGGCUCAAAGACAUUAACAACAAUCUGUGAGCAUGCCGAUCUUUGCUUACCACGCCCUCUCCCCCAACACUCAAUUCUGACCUUUCUUGUCAUGUCUCACUUUUUCGCUUAGCGUCGAAGCCAUCUACAUCUAUGAGCAGAUCCUCAACAUCCUCAUGACCGUUUCGACUCGAUGGGCCCAGAUCCCCGAGGCGGCGCGAGGCGCCAGAGACGUCUUCGAUUACACGUGGGGGAGGAAGGUCCGAUGCAUCUACAUGCGUUCGUGCACAUCUCUAUUUCCCUCCUCGCACACGGAUCCGCCGGAACUUGAACUGACCCAUACAUCGUCUCUCGCCCCCGAGGAAUCGAACAGAAGCCCUCCAAAAAGCGCAUCGUCAAGCCCGCAAAUGGCGCGACGGCACCCCCAUCUCCCUCGAAGACCUCACUGUCGUCGCCGAAGCCAUCAUCGACGAAUGCGCCUCCACGUCCGGCCAAAUAAACCCCCAACAAGACCCUCGAGAGUUCUACGGCUACCAAUCGAUGCCUAUUGCAUCGGCGGGGGCUAUGGUCGGGUAUGUCUUGGCUGAGAAGGCGAGGACGAGGGAGAAUCGGAGGCAUGUCGGGCCCUAUUGGUUUUAUCAUAAGGAGAUGGGUUUGGCCGCGGCAAAAAUGUGUACGUCGUUCACCAAAACCAUUGAUCGCUCUCCACUUUCUGACCACGAAUGAGUCCUCAUCCUGGCCUUCGUAUAACCAGACGCUCAAGCCGCCAAAACCCUCCCACUUGACUGUCCCGAACGACCCGGAUUCCUUUACUGUGCUCUCAUCUACGACCUCCGAGCAGGCGUCUCCAUGACCCUGGCCGAACUCUUUGACCGAGCAACCACGGCCGAACGGGCCUAUUCUUACACUGAACAAAUUUGUACGUCUUCUCAUGCUCCCUCUGGUCUUCCAUCCCAAACCAGGAACUGACUUGACUCACGAACUUUUGUUCGUGAUGACAGUCGGUCCAGGGGAACGCAAUAUUGAACCACGUUGGGCCGUGAGACUGGUCUGUCAACAUGUGCGGAACCAAAUCUUCGCGAUGUGCAAGCGAGAUUCGGCGGUCGAUUUCCAACCUUUCUUGAGUAUGGUCAGUACCAACUAGGUGUACGGCGGCAAGCUUACAAUAUUCUGCUCUUAAGCUGACCACGUCCUCUUUGGUUCGGCCCAUAGAAACUCGAUGCGGUCCCGGAUAGUAUCGAAGGUGAAGUGACCGAGACGUCAAAACUCGCUUACACCCCACCGAGGGAUCAGAUAUUUUGUUACAUCGCUUUACAUAAACUCGAUGGGUAA